AUGUCGAGCGAUCAAAGGAGGGGAGAACCUUCAUCCAGAUGGUCAGAUGGUUCCAUAUUUCGAGGUAUUAGUAAAUGGUUACAAAAGACUAAAUUGACGAAUGAUGGAAAGUUUGUUAAAGACUGUCCUGUAAUUGAACUGUUAAAUUUUGACAAUAAAUUUCGUGUGGAUGGAUUUAGAGAAUUAACACAUAUGAGAUAUACUGCCUGCACAAGCAAGCCAGAUAAUUUUAAGAGUGAUUCCUUUAGUCUUCGUCAAAAAGAAUUUAACAGGAGAAGAAUAGAAAUACUUAUUGCGGUGACUAUGUACGAUGAAGAUAAAACUCAAUUGUCUCGGACUCUUUGUGGGAUCGCGAAAAAUAUUAAUUCCCUUUGUUCUCGAGAAGACGGGACUUGGAUUAAAAAUGAAGGAUGGAAAAAGGUCGUCGUGUGCAUAGUUUCCGAUGGUCGUAAAAAGAUAAGCCAAAGUGCUUUAGAAUAUUUGUCCGCUCUUGGCGUUUAUCAAGAAGGAAUAGCAGUCGAAAGUAUAAUUGAUCGUAAAGUUGAAGCUCAUAUUUUCGAAUAUACAACUCGUAUUCCACUAGAAAACAGUGAUAUCAUUGUUCCAAUCCAGAUACUUUUUUGUCUUAAAGAAAAGAAUACUAAGAAAAUCAAUUCUCAUCGUUGGAUUUUUAAUGCAUUCAGCCCAAUACUCGAACCUAAAAUAUGCGUUCUUAUUGACGUUGGCACCAAACCAGGAUCAAAUGCUAUUUAUAACUUGUGGGAAACAUUUGAGUUACAUCCAAAAGUUGCAGGUGCCUGUGGUGAAAUAGUUGCCAUGAAAGGUCGUGGUUGGUACAAGUUGCUAAAUCCGAUUGUGAGCGCUCAGAAUUUCGAAUAUAAAAUAUCUAAUAUUCUAGAUAAACCACUCGAACAUGUACUUGGAUACAUUACUGUCUUGCCUGGGGCUUUUUCAGCAUAUCGUUAUGAUGCUCUUGUGAAUACAGAUGAUUAUGAAAGCCCUCUGGCUUCUUAUUUCAAGGAUGAGGCAUAUGAUAGCAAACCUAUUGCUAAUGGCUCAUUUAGUUUCAUUAAAAAUACUUAUAGAAACAUUAAAAGUGUAUUUGCCGCUAAUAUGUAUCUUGCUGAAGAUCGUAUACUUUGUUUUGAGUUGUUUACAAAGCGUGAUAGAGACUGGUUAUUGUAUUAUAAUAAAUCAUCUCAGGCGGAAACAGAUGUACCUGAAGAAAUAUCUGGAUUUAUCUCACAACGUAGACGUUGGUUAAAUGGGUCUUUCUUUGCUAGUAUUUAUGCUGUUUUUCAUUUUAAUAAUAUUUGGAAGAGUAAUCAUUCACGUGCACGUAAAAUCUUUUUUAUCAUUCAAAUUAUAUACCAAGCAUUUAACCUUUUAUUUUCAUGGUUUGCAUUGGGAAAUUUUUAUUUAACAUUUCAUAUUUUAUGUAAUACACUUGCGAAUCCUCAAGACCUUAUUCCUCUUCCUUGGGAUCCGUCAAUUGGUGAAACUAUAUUUAUUAUAUUAAGAUGGGUUUAUUUUAUAUUAGUUACUGGGCAGUUUAUCUUUUCUAUGAGUAAUAAACCUCAAAGUUCUAAAUGGGUCUACUACAUUUCGUUAUUAUGUUUUGCUAUUAUAAUGGGUUAUACUUUUUUUGCUGGCUCUUGGCUUACAGUUAACGGCUUCAUAUAUGAAAUAAUACCAAACAUCAAAAACCAUGGAUCUAUAGCUAUUUUUUAUAAUGAUAUUUUUUGGGAUAUAGUUCUUCCUUUACUUUCAACAUUUGUUAUGUAUUUUGUUGCAAGUAUUAUAAUGCGUGAUUUCUUGCAUAUGAUAUUAUGUAUCAUACAAUAUAUUUUUCUUAUUCCAUUUUAUGUAAAUGUUCUAAAUGUUUAUGCAUUUUGUAAUGUUAAUGAUGUGAGGGAGACUGAUGAAGUUCAUCAAUUAGAUAAAAUUGUUAUAUCUGAUGAAGGAGAAAUUUAUCAAGUCCCUUUUUCUCAGCCAAAAAAUAAGAAUGAACAGCAGGAUACAGGGCAAGCAAAUACGAAUAUUCAUCAAAGAAAUAAAUAUAAUGAUAGAAAAAUGAUCGAAGAAUCUCGAAAAGUGUUUCGAGCAUGUUUUGUGCUUUUUUGGCUUUUUUCUAAUGCUUUAUUAAUAUUUUAUGUAAUCGCUUUUGUUGGUACAACUUUAGAACAAAAUUUUUCUCAAAGAUCAAGAACAAGUAUAUAUAUAGCAGUAAUUCUUUGGUCCGUUGCUGGGCUAUCUGCUUUCAGAUUUUUUGGUUGCAUUACAUAUAUUUUUAAAUAUAUAUUAAUACCAUGGUACUCAAGUUUCUCAAGUUCAUAG